AUACUAUAAAAAGUAGUACUAUAUUUAUAGUAUACAUGUAUAUGAUUGUCUGCGACUAGAAUGGGAAUUCCGAUUUAGAAGAGAUCCAUGUUCUGGUUUCAAUAAUGAUCAAAAAGAAACACUGAAUAAUGGCGUCUUUUGGUAAUGAUAGUCAACCUGACAAGAACCAACUUGGUUGCUACCAAAUUAUAAAAGUUGGAAAAUUCUGGCUUUUGAAGGUGAAUGAGAGGUCAAUGAGAAUAAAAUUCCUUGAUCAUGCGAAAGACGUCUUUAUAGAAGAAACCUUUUUAAUCGCAGACGAUGAAAUAUUUGAAAUAAAGGACAACGAAUCCGGAGAACUUUCAAUUAAAAAAGUGGAAGAAUUUUUGCAUAAUCCAAUAGAAUGUGAUCUUUCAACAGAUCAAAAUGAGAAUUUAUUUGAAGUUGGUAACGCUGAGAUAGAUAAGGCUAUAGAAAUUGAAAAUGAAAAUCUUGACAAAGACGUUAACAAACACAACACAAACAGCAUACAGGUAAUGCUUUUAGUUAUCGAUGAACAAUCUUCUCUGUGAACUUCCUGCAUUCUCAACUAAACUUUCACAUUACUUAUUUUUGCAAUAAAUGAUAUCUGGGUUUUGUUCAAUAAUAAUUCUUUGCGAAGAUACAGCAUGUGUAACAUUACGGUAAAAUUUCAAAUAAACCUAAACAAAACUAUUGUCACCAAGUGCUUUUGGAUCAUUUGUCGGAUUUACCUAAAUGUAACGAAGCAGAGGUAAAAUUAAGCAUAAUACGUCAUAAAAACAAAAUGCAGUAAACUCUUAAUGCGCCCGUUGAUACCUAUAUUAUGUAGGUAAAGCAAGACGAGGAAAGACAGCAAAGGACUCUGUCAGGAGUUUCAGUCGUACAUCUGUCGCAGACCUGCUUUAAAUAUAUGUGACAAAAGCUUUAUUAACGUUAAUAAAGAAUUACGAUUACUUCAGAAUAAAGUUUAGAUCAUUUCAAAGGCGCUAAAAAUGCAUGUAAGGGUGAUAGCUUUUUGAUAUCAGGUUAUCUUUUUGAUAUCAGGUUAUCUUUUUUUUUUAACUUAUUCUGAAGAUAUCUUUUAU